AGUCUCGCGAGAUCUACCAACGUCACGGGAUAAUGGCUGGGGAUCGCGGAUAUUAGUAGAGAAAUCUAUAAUCUAAGAGGAGGUGAAGCUGUGCCCCAACUUCUCAGCAUCACUGAUACACUACUGAGACCCUGAAAUUGGAUUUCCUCCAGCAGCAGCAGAGAUGACUCAUGUCACCAAUCAUGGGAAGCUGCUCCUGCAGCGUUUACAUCAGCAGCGGGAGAUGGACUUCUUGUGCGACAUCACCAUAAUGGUGAGAGAUGUGGAGUUCAGAGCCCACCGCAACAUCCUGGCUGCGUUCAGCAAGUACUUCUCCUCCCAGGCGGAAAAAGGACAAGAUGUCACGACGUUGGACCCUGACAAAGUCAGCCGGUACGCUCUGGAGAAGCUGCUGGAGUUUAUCUACACCGGACAGAUGAACCUCAGCAGCACCAGGCAAGCAGCUGUACGACGAGCAGCCGUGUUCCUGGGAAUGUCUGAGGCCACAAAGUAUCUGGAGGAAAUCCCACACUGGUCCGAGCCGAGCGAAAUGUCCCAGUCGGAGGCGGAUAAAGAGGCUGGUCUCUCUCCUUCCAGUCCUACCUCUCCUGGCAGCCCCAGCUCCCCAGUCCCCCUGUCGAUCGUCUCCAUGGGAGGGGACUGGCAGGAGGAGGGGAAGGAUGGCAAAGAGCACAAUGAUGAGAACAAAGAUUUGGAAGAGGGAGAGAGAAGCGAUGAAGAGUACACCCCCACAACGCCAAAGAGCGCUGGACGAGGACAGGCCAGGAAGAGAGGCAGGCCGAAGAGUCUGAGUGGUGAGCAGGUGGAGCCCAGCAGCUCGGCUGAUGGCACCCCCAAAACCCAGAGCUACAGGGGGAGGGGGAGAGGCAGAGGGAGAGGGAGGGCAGGGGGAGAGGAAGGAAGUUUUAAAAGUGAAGAUCUGUCUUUAGAAGAUUCUGACACGAGUGUGAAGGACUUUGGCGACACCUCUGCAGACUGGAGCCCCUCACAAGACGACGACUCUCUGCCUAAGAAACCUCGACUGAGCAGCGGGGAGGGCCGGAGGGGACGAGGCCGGGGGAGGGGGAGAGGCAGGGGGAGAGGGAGAGGCAGGGGCCGAGGCAGGAGGAAGGCCGUGGACGAGGGAGAGGAGAGCGGCUCGGCGGGGGCUGACGACGACGACGACGACGACGAGGGGGAAGAGGGUGAGGAUGGGGAACAGGAUCCGUCAGAGAUGGACGAACUGUCACUGUCGUGCACCGAGUGCAACAAACUGUUUAAAGACGCGAGCAGCCUGCGCCGACACGAGAAGAUCCACAAGGGGCUGAAGCCGUUUGUCUGCAUCUUCUGCUCCAAGACUUUCAGACAAGCCACACAGCUGAAAACACACCUGCGCAUACACACAGGUGAGAAGCCGUUCAGCUGCUCCGACUGUGACAAGUGUUUUGCUCAGAAGUGCCAGCUGGUCGCUCACCGCCGGAUGCACCACGGAGAGGAGAAGCCUUACACCUGCGAGCGCUGCGGUUUCAAGUUUGCUACCUCGUCCAAUUACAAAAUACACAUCAGACUGCACAGCGGAGAGAAACCGUACGUCUGUGACAUCUGUGGCCAGGCGUUUGCUCAGUCCAGCACCCUGACGUAUCACAAACGACGACACACCGGAGAGAAACCGUACCAGUGUGAUCUGUGCGGCAUGUCGUUCUCCGUCUCCUCCUCUCUCAUCGCACAUGCGAGAAAACACACAGGUGAGACUCCGUACAAAUGUUCCCAGCCAAAAUGUGACGCAAGUUUUGUGACGUCUUCUGAGCUGAAGAAACACAUGCGACGACUUCACCCAGAGGGGAACACGGGUGUGCAGUGCCUGCUGUGUGGAAACAGAUUCGCCAGCGUGAAGAACAUGAUCAAACACCAGGAGAAGGCUCACGCUGAUGAAGUGCGGCAACACAAGGAGAGAGCCAGAGCUGUCGUCCUCCUGGCCUCCAGUCAUCCUAUGGCCUUCGUCCAGAGCAAACUCACCCAGGAGAACAAAGGUUUGGUGUCCAUCCCCGAAGGCGAGCCGCCCAACCCCGAGCCGGCCACCCCCAACCCCAAAGCCACAGCUCCGUCCGCAGACGCCACCGCCGCCACCACCGAGGCCGACGCUGCCGCAGCCACCACCACCGCCACCAUCAUCCAGGGCUUCAAACCGGAGCCCGCGCACCCCCCGAUCAGCACCGCUGACCAGGUGACCUUCGAAGCAGACCAGGAGCAGACCAUCAACUCGGACACCCUCCACGCUCUGGUGGAGCAGCUGCGGCCGCCGCCCUCUCCGGCCCAGGGCCUGGAGCAGAUCGUCAUCAUCAGGACAGUGGACACCGCCGAGAACAACCCUCCUCAGCAGUGAGGCAGCGGCGUCGGACCUCACCACAAGCUACAGUCACAGUCUGUGUCAAGUCAAGGCUCAAGGCUCAAAUUCAGUCUUAUAUCCUCUGAGAAACAACUAACCUGCGUCUCCUGUUCUCCUGAGUCUGUCACUAACACAAACAACUCAGCUACAGUUCCACUAGGAGGGAAAGUAAGCUACUGGAAAUGUGUCUAAACAUCACUCCACAUUUCGAGCCUGAUUAACGUCAUGUAACAUCAGAGAUGUCCACUAAAAAACCCUGUCUCCACUGUAGAAGCUGACUUUCUCGUCCAUUGUGGCUGACGAGUUUCAAACUUUACGUACCAAAAACAUCCGACUAACAUCUUCUUCAACAGUGUUGUGUGGCUGGAGUUACUUUUCUCUUACAGGUCCACAACAGAUGAAUAACUAACAGAAAAAAAAACAAUGUUAAUCAUAAAACAAUUAUUGUGUAAUGGGACAACCAAUACAACUCUUGCAUUGUUUUAAUAGAUAUGGACAUAGUUAUUAGGAGUCUAGUUAUCGCCAUGAGAUAUGAUUUUAUUUAUCAUAAGUGUUUCACCUGUAAGUGUUUGACAUGUGAUGGUGGCUUUAUAAAUGUAGCCCUGUUAAUGCAAACCAAGGUUUUUGAUUCAGUGUAAUAUAGCUAGUGAUCUGUUUUUUUGUUUUUAAAGCAGCAGCUGUUGCAGGUCUUAGCAGAAAUGUCCGUGCUUCAAGUUUGAGAACUGCAUCAUAUACAGUGUGUCUAUCUACUUGAAAGUAGCUGUUUGUUUGUUUCUUGUUUUAUUAUUUUUUUCUCUUCUUUUCUUUUCUUUUUUUUCUUUUUUUUUUUUUGGAUUAAACGUCUGCAUUACUUGUACAGAAAUGUGAAUUAAAGCAUACACAGGUUCACUACUGUAUAAAAACUGUACAACAGAACAAGAAAAUAAAAAUUAAAAACAAAAAGGGACAAUCA